CCCACCUGCCCGCUCCCCCUGGCCUGGCCCUGACGUCAGGGAAGGCGUGCGGAUGCGUGUGUGCGGGCUGCACAUCAUACACACAUCAGGCACCGCAGAGACGUCGGGAGGCAGCCGGCAGCCAGCCAGCCGGCGAGAGGAAAGCCCCCAGAGCCGGGCUACAUGCGAGAGUGCUGCUCCUCGCCGGGCAGCGGAGGAGCGCUUGUCCCCGCCGAGCGCUGAUGCUCUGCAAGCCCCAGCUCCAGGGAGCCCCAAAUUGCUGAGGAGGCCGCAGGCAGCAGACCCCUCCCCGCCACCCACCCCCAAGACGGAGGAGCCCCCCGCUCCCGCCAUGUCGUCGGAGCCCGGCGCCCCGCCGGCGGUGCCGCCCCUGCACUCGCCCAAGUCCCCGGUGUGGCCCACCUUCCCCUUCCAGCGCGAGGGCAGCCGCGUCUGGGAGCGGGGCAACCUCCUGCUGCGGGACCUGCCCAGCCCGCUGCCCACCAAGAGGACCAGGACCUACUCCGCGACGGCGCGUGCCUCCGCUGGGCCCAUCUUCAAGGGUGUCUGCAAGCAGUUCUCGCGCUCCCAGGGCCACGGGUUCAUCACCCCGGAGAACGGCACAGAGGACAUUUUCGUCCACGUGUCUGACAUCGAGGGCGAGUACGUCCCGGUGGAGGGGGACGAGGUGACGUACAAGGUGUGCCCCAUCCCUCCCAAGAACCAGAAGUUCCAGGCGGUGGAGGUGGUGCUCACCAACCUGGCACCCCACACGAAGCACGAGACGUGGUCCGGCCAGAUCAUCGGCUCCUAGGCGCCCGGGGGGGGCCGAUGGCCGCUUGCAGGGGGCGCGGGGGGAGCCGAGCUGGCGGCGAGGCCGGGGCCGCCCCCCAGCACGCAGGCGUCUGCAUUCGGUGUCUUUUCUAAGGUUACGGUUUCCUUUCUCUUUGUGUGUUUGUAACUGUCUUUCGAGGGGGACGGGGAAAGCAGAGCCCUCCCUGCAGCCCCCCCACCAGCUCCGGGGGCAGCCCCGAGCCCCACGCCCCCAUCCUUACAGCGUAUCACUGCUGGGAAGGGACGGCCGAGCCCUUUCUUGACCCCGUUCCCCUCGCUGGGCUUCAGCCAUGCGGCUCCUUGGGAAAAGGGUGACCCGAUCCCACCUCAUUUUUUUGGUGUGUGUUUCUGUCACUGCCAGCUCAGGCCGUGGAGGAGCGGGCGUCGGGAGAAGCGGGCUCUGCCCCGACACGGGGCCUGCGGGCAAGCACUGGUUUGGUUUCCUUUCUCCUCCGUGGUGCCUCAGGGUUUGGGGGCCAGGUGUGCAGGGCCGGCAGGAUGCAGCCGAGGAGAGCGUCAGAGCAUCAUCGGGCAGCACCGUGCUGCCCCGAAACGGUGGGUCCCGGCUGAACCCCCCCUCCCUGGGAGUUAAACCUUUGUUCAGUCAAACCACUUCAGUACUACAGUAAAAAAAAAAAAAAA